AUGUCGUUCGUCGCUCCGGCCCUUCGCUGGCCCGAUACGCUCGCCACACACCUCCCACAGCCCCUCAAAGACACCGGCAUUCCUCCGCAAUACUUCGUCAUCGUCCCAGCAACCCUUCUCGCCGUGCUCCUGACCUACACGCUCACCCAAGCCUCGUCCGUCGCCAACGCUCCCCAUCUCGCGAGCACCUCCUCCGAUGUCGAUUUCACGCAAAAACGCUCGCACGGUCGAUCUUCCACCGUCGUCCUCGUCGGUCUGAGCGAGACAGGCAAGACCUCUCUCUUCGCCUCCCUGGUCUACGGGACGACGCCUAGCACGCUUCCUUCGCAAAAGCUCUCCCAGGGUCUCAUCACUUCAUCUCUUGAAGCAUCUAAACCUGUCACGCUGAUCGACCUUCCCGGUCAUCCCCGAUUGCGACCGCUGGUAGACGAGCACCUGUCGCAAGCGGACGGCCUGGUGAUCUGCAUCGACGCAGUCAUGGCGUCCAAAUCCUCCACGUCGUCUCGACCCGGUGUCGACGGAGAGAGCAUCACUGACGUUGCCGAUCUCCUGCACUCCACGUUGACGGUGCUGGCAAAACAACGGUCACGAUCCUCUUCGCUUGCGCCGCCGUCCGUGCUGGUGUUGUUCACCCGCGCCGACCUGUCUCCGCUGCUCGGCGGGUCUUCGGUCGGCACCGACGCUGCGAAGGACGAAAAGCGACGUGCGCAACUGCUCUCCCGAUGUCGCACCACGCUCGAGAGCGAGCUCGGACAGAGACGGGCCAACAUGGGGCUGGGGCGCCGUCGCGGUGGUGCAGGGGUCAAGAUCGCCGGUCUGGGCAAGGUUGCGGACGCUGAAGUUGCGACGGCAGGCGGGAUGUUCGAGUGGGUAAAGCGCGCUCUUGGUCUCACUAGCACUACCUCGACUGCACCAGCACAGGAGGAGGACGAAGAGGAAGAAGACGAGGUGGUGGACUACAUCGAUUGGGCUGCGUCCCAGCGUGCGACUGAAGAUGGGGUUGGAGCGGGAAGUUUCAGCUUCGACCGAUUGGACGAUCAUGUGGUGUGGGGUGGAAAGGUCGAUUUUGCACUCGCGACCGUUGGCAAGAAUCGCUCAUGGGAUCAAACGGAAAAGGUAGAUACCAGCGGGUUGACGGAUUUCACUCGAUGGAUCGACGAGCUGCAACAAUGA